AUGGCAGAUGUUCACCUCUACUACGCCCCGGGAGCCUGUUCUUUGGCAUCCCACAUUCUUCUCCACGAAGCCGGGGUGCCCUUCACCUCCACUCGUCUUUCCGUGAGACCAGCGUUCCCCGACGAGUACGCAUACAUCAACUCCAAGAAACGGGUGCCCGUACUCUCCCUCAAUGGGAAAGUUAUCACCGAGAAUCCCGCCAUCAUGCUCGCCAUUUCUCAGCUCGUGCCUGAAAAGGAACUGAUGGGGGAAACGGACCUGGACAAAGUCCGAGUCUUGGAAUGGAUGAACUGGCUGUCUGGGUCGGUGCAUGGUCAAGCGUACGGAAUGAUCCUACGCCCAUCGCGCUUCGCUGACCGGGAGUCCAUGCACCCUGGCAUCCGCGAACAGGGUAUCAAGACGCUGAAGAAUUGCUUUGAUCAAAUUGAGUCGUGGUUGGCGAAGGACCAACAAGAACGCGUGGCUGUUUACGCUUUAGGCGAUGGACAGAAAUUCAGUGCCGUCGACGGGUACCUUUAUAUCUUCUACCGCUGGGCCAUGGGUCUCAAGCUGGAGAUGCAGACGAAGUAUCCCAGAUACUCUGCGCUGGUGAGGAUGCUGGAGUCGAGAGAUACCGUCAAGCAGACCCUGCAAGCGGAGGGAUUGGAGGUGGUCAUGUAG